AUUGUUUAGUGUCGAUGAAGACUGUCAGUUCAAUUGUCAAGUUCAGCACCCAACUUAGUAUGCGCGUAUUAAAAAAUCCAUAUCUGAUCGUUUAGUAACUGUUAACUACUACAUUGAAAAAUGUUGCGGAUAGCAUCGGUUUUCUGGUGUAUGUUUUACGUUGCUGAUAUGAAAGUAUCUGGUCAAAAAUGCAAAACGCAAGACUACAAAGAAACAUUUCAAAACAAAGCUUUAAGAAACCAUACUUUCAAGACUGAGUGGGCGUCAAGCGAUGCACACUGUGAGAGCAAGUGCUUUCAGGAUAAUCGAUGYAUAUCGUACAACUUUGGCGAGGACGCAAAGACCAAACGACCAAAUACGUGCGAAUUAAGCCAUUCGGACCACGUGAUGCAUCCUAAGGAUCUAAUUGGUCGAAAAAGGACAGUUUAUCGACGUGCAGAGAACAAGUGCUCGUGUUUAUCGUUCCAAGUGUGUAGGGUGAAUUGGUUGGAGAGCACUUAUCAGUGUGAAUGCAGGCCAGGAUUUACUGGAGAUCGAUGUGAAACAGCAGUAAUUCCAACAACGUCACCUCGUUCUCAAUAUACUGGUAUUGAAAGUGGGAUAUCAUCCUGGUAUCAAGGAAGCGAAAACUGCAAGCACAAGAACGCCCACUUACCUUCCAUUCACAGUAAGGAGGACAACGAAAAAGUCUUGAAACUCUUUUCGUUUGGCACCUUCUCUCCGAUGAUGUGGAUUGGAAUUGGAAAGGCUGCUUCGGGAGCAUAUUCCUGGUCAGACGGAACACCAGUGGAUUACCAUAAUUGGAAGACCUCAACGCCGGCGGCUGAUGCUUACUGUGGUGUAAUGUWCUCURCAACUGGCGAAUGGGAAUUGUGGRAUUGUGAUAGUYCACAAAAAUACGUCUGCGUUUAAUUGAGCCGAAUGCUGCAAGUAAAUUAAAUAUUGUAGCGAUGCAUUCUCKUCUYGAAYGCCAAGACUCUUUCACUUGUUUCUUUCCAUGUGACCUUCUUUAGUCUUAUAUUUCAUUUUUUCACGGAUUUUUCAGAGUUUUUCAUAAUCAGAUUUACUUUCACACUUUAUCACUUUUGCAAACAGGUGUUUGUUUGCAUUACUAAUAGUAUUAUAUGUAUUUAUUGAAAUAAGAAUCUUUAAAAAAC